ACGUGUGGUCUGCUCAGGACAGCACACAGCUCACUAGAGGCAGGGCACGAGUUGGGUCGAGUGUGCUGAUCGAACCAAGAGUGUCCCUUCCUGUCCUUGGCUGUGGACAUGGAACCAGGCUCUCAGGCAGGCACCCUGCAGGAGAUCCUGGACUGUCUGUGUCGAGAGAGCGACCCAGGAAAGAUCUACAAAACACUGAAGAAACUGUCUUCUGUGCCUAUCCUGUGCGACAGCCUGGCAGAGAUUGGCUUCAGAAAGACCAUAAAGACGUUGAAGAAUCAGCAGCUCCUGCUCCCCUUUGUUAAGGACCUAGUAGACAAGUGGUCACCGGGGUUGGUGCUGGGACCCCAACCAGACCAAGACUCCCUGGACUUUGGAUUGCUGAGGAGUCACAGGACAGCGCAUCAGAGCACUGGUCUAGAAGAGACAAACCAGGAGCAAAUAUUCCAGGUAAGCCGAGUUGCUGGGGGACAGGUAUUCCUUGGGCUCAGCAAAUGCAUCCCAGGCUGAAUCCAUUUCCUGAGCCCUAGCUGCAAAUCCAACAGAGAUUUUCACCCACAGACACCCAGGAGUCCAAGCCCGGAUCCAGCAGAAAACAGGAGCUCUGAGCAGCAGCCAGCUGUCCAGGACCCAGGGCAGGUAGGAAUCCAGGGUGCGAGCUCU